AUGAGAGGGAGAAGGAGAAAGAGGAGGAGGAUGAGAAGCAAGAGGAAAUGGAAGGGAACAAGGAGUAAGAGAUGCAGAAGAAGAACUAGAAGAGGAGGAAGAAGAAGAAUGAGGGAAGAGAAGGAAAAGGAAAAGGAUGAGAAGAAGAAGGAGAAACAGGAAAAUCGAUGGAAAAAAGGAAGGAAGAUGAGUAGAUUGAGGAAGGAGGAGUGGCAAGAGGAGCUAGCAUUCCCUAGGAGUAGGAUGAGAAGAAGGAUAAGGAGAAAAUGGAGGAGGAUUAGAGUGAAGGAGGAUGAGCAAAAGAAAGAGAAGGAGAAGCAAGAGGAAAAACAAGUGAAGAAGGAGGAACAAGGGGAAAAAAAGAAGAAUGAGGGUGGAGAAGGAGCAGGAGAACAGGGAGAGAAUGAGAAAGAGAGAAAUCGGCUGAAAAAAAAGACAGGAAGAGAGAAAAAAAAAGGAUGA